ACUACUCAGACGGGUCUCUUUUGGUUUAUAUCAGAGAACCCAAUGGAGUCUUUUGAAGAACCUGGUCAUAUCAAUAGGGAGAACUUAUUAGAAGUUCCUCCUUUAAGUGAUUCUUUGUCAGAGGAUGAAGAUGUUAAGGCUACACUUCAGCCCCGUUUCUCCCCCAGCCCUCGAAGGCGGAAUUCAGAUUCUUCUGAAGAAAUGGAGACAGAAGCCCCAUCAACCAUUGCAAGAAAAGUAUCAUUUGCUGAUGCAUUUGGUUUUGACCUUGUAUCUGUUAAGGAGUUUGAUACCUGGGAUGUUCCAAUUACAUUACCAAAUGAUGACUUAGAAGACGAAGUUGUGCCUGUGGAGGAAUUCUAUUUAACUCCGCUGUUUACGCCACCCGCCACACAAGAAGAGCUUUUGCAAAAAGUGCGUGCACAGAAAGUAUGGCUAGAGUCUGUCGAGGUCCUACCAGGGAUAACAUGUAUGAAGGGCAUAAUUCGUGUUCUGAAUGUGUCCUUUGAAAAGUUCGUCUACGUCCGGAUGUCUUUGGAUGACUGGCAGACUUAUUAUGACAUUUUAGGAGAUUAUGUGCCUAAUUCUUGUGAUGGUGAGACUGACCAGUUCUUGUUCAAGAUUUCAUUGGUUCCUCCUUAUCAGAAAGAUGGCGCUAAGGUUGAAUUUUGUAUACGUUAUGAGACAUCUGUGGGAAUAUUUUGGGAAAACAACAACAAUCGUAAUUAUAUUUUAAUCUGCCAGAAAAAGGAAACUGCACCACCAGUGAAAGAUAAUAACAUCCAGGAAGAUGUUACAGACAAAAAUAUCAAAGGCUGCUUAAAGGCAACACUGAGCAGUAAAGAAGAAUUAUUGGACACAGCUGAUGAAGACAUAUGGAAUAAUUCCAGGACUUCAGAGUCAGACAUCCCCAAAAUUCUUUAUUCACAUGUGGAUGAUAAUGAAAUUGAACAAAGUAAAGAAACUGUAAAAGGUACAAAUGUGGAACAUAAUGACGAUGAUAAUGAAGAUAAUGAAAAAGAAUUAGAGUUGCUGCUAAGUCAUCGCUUUACUGGAAUCAGAGGCUCUUCAAGGGAUGAAAGGAGUUUAUACACAACUGAGCCAGUUAGAUUUCCAAAUGAACCACAAGAACUGGGGGACAAGAUAGACUGUGGCUUGCUUAGGCAGCCUCUGCCUAUAAGUUCUUCGUCAGAACAUGCCUUACAUGAUUUUUGUCUGUUACCCCCAGAAAAGUUUACUGCAGUAGACUUGGUAAACAAUAGUGCUCAGUCUUCAGAAAGUUUUAGUACCAGUGGAGCCAUUUCAUCACUAGAUCAUUGGUCUGGAACAAAGGAAAAUGAGACUGCCCAUAUUACGGAUAUUAUCUCAAACAAACAUGGGGUGUGUCCUGCAGCUGUUCAAAGAGAUGUAUCGGAUGCUCCCUUUAGAAGUAAAACAACAGAGAGGUUGUUCAUCCAAGAGCAUGAUUAUGAUCACCACAAAAAGGCAUGGGAAACAAGACCCAAAACAGUUCCCUUAGAGCAUGAUGAAGCAAUCCAUUUAAAAGAACUUAUGUUGGAUGACAAUGUCAAGCCACUUGUUGGGCAGCAUAUGGAGGAAACAUCUGCCCAAACUCCAGAAUCAAUUCUGGAGAACAUUGACAAAAAUGAAUCCAAAGCAGAGGGAUCUAAAAGCAAAAACCAGGUAUAUUUAAAAGGAGAAUUUGGUACCAGUUCCUUAGCUGAUGCUGAUGUCAUAUUAGCUUCUUUCAGAAGUUCACGUACAGAAGGUGACAUUGUAGAAGAAAAAUAUAAGUCUGAAUAUAAAAUUGAAAAGGAGAAAGAAAUCAAAUUGAGCAUUUUAGAACUGUCUCUGGAAGAGGAAAAAGCAUACCCUGACUCUACCAAUAGGCAUGGAAACGAGGGUACUGAAAUACAAAACCAACACUCAUUUUUGUCCACACCAGACAACAAUGAAGUCACCACAAUAGAGAAUUUCCCCCUAGGAGUAAUGAUGACCAGUGCAUUACAUGAAGCAAAAGAUGAGGAAAUAUUCAAACCCAUAAAUUUACCAUGCCUAAAUGAUACAGGAAACUCGGGCAAAAGGAAUAAAAACCAGGAAAGCACAAUUUCUGUUGUAGGUGAAUUAAGUCAAGAUUUGAAGGGAACAGAGAGUAAAUACCCAGAAAACAUUCAAAAUACAAGUGGGUUUUGCAUGGGCUACCCAGAUUUAGUACAAGCACCUGAUGAAGGUCUCUUUACACAUGCUGCAUUGAUAAAUCCAGAAGAAGUGCUUGAUGCCAGAGGGAAUUUCAAAAAAGGGCAGCACAAUCAGGGCUAUGAUCUAGCAAACAGAAAGAUUUUGGAGACAGAGCCCUACCAAAGUGAUCCUGACAGGGUUAUUGCUGAUGAUCAGAGCAGCAGGGUCAGGUGGGGGAAUCAAUGUUGGAGUGCCUCAGAAAGUCAAUUAGCAGAAAGAGAAGGUGAAAGACCGCAGAUGGAAGAGCAAACAGGUGUUGAGGCCAUGUGGGGAAUUAAAGAUAUUACAAGAUGUUUGGAUGUAACUCCCACAGAUGAAUUGUUUACCUGCCAAGACCCAGUGAGAUAUGAAGAGUCUUAUGUAGCCAAGCAUGAUAGUACAGGGGAAGCAGAGGCAGUUACAGCCGCUUAUAUAAUUAAAACGACAUCAGAAAGUACUCCAGAAAAAAUGUCUGCUGGUGAAAAAGCAGUAAUUGUUAAGCUACCUCAAGAGACUGCACUAAGUGACAGGUCCACAGAGGAAAAGGAAACAGAGUUUGAUAUACAUGAAGGGAGAAAUGAUGGUUCACAUUAUUCUCUUUGUCAAUGCAAUACAGUGGGUGUAUUAUAUGACACCAAAUUUGAAAAGGAAUCAGUUUCAGAUAUUUGUAAUGCAUGCGUACAUGAAACGGUGCACAGAGAAAUGAUGUCCGUACGCAAUGGAAGUGAAAAGCUUGGCAGAGCAGAACAUAGCCCUGGAAAUGAUUCACCGCUAGACAAAAUAUUAUGGACGUCUGCUGCAGAAGGAAAAGCCAUUUCUGAGCAGGAUUUAUUUCCUGAAAUAUCUCUGAAAGAUUCACAGCAUCUUCUCCAAGGCCUAUGCAGUGAAGAGGAUGAAGAGGGAAGUGUUUGGAGAAAGCUUCCCCAUGUUGGUGCAAAAAUGAAAAACAGAAGUUCCCCUUCUGAUAUAAAUGUUGUUGGCAGCUGUUAUGAAAGCUCACCUGUGACAUCAGAAGAGUCAACGGGAACUCAUCCUGCUGAGGGAGAGAAAGUGUUGCAUUCAGACACAGAUGUUUCAGUUGAAAUUGCAGCUAAAUCAGACCACCAGAAAGGUAAAACAGCUCACCUUGCUCCAAAUCUUUCUUUGGACCCCGAAUUCCAAGAACUUCCUGAGAAUUCGGCAGUGCUGCCUUGGGAUAAGAAAGGAGAAAGAGGCAUGGGUCAGUUUCCCCAUCAGCCAGAGCUCAAACAGGAAAAGCUAUUAGGGCCAACCAUUUUAAUUAGUGAACCUCUUGAAGAAAGAGAAGAGGGAAGAGCAGGAUCUGAAAGUUUACUAUCAGAAGAAACAUUGAACACUGAAGGGCAUGAGAACCAGUCUGCUUUUGAUCAUGCAGCAAUUUCUGGCCAGCAAAAUGAAGCAUAUAGUUUACCUUCUGAGUGUCUAGUUUUAAAGCACAUCGGUAACAAAAUACUUUAUUUCCUCUUGUUUAUUGUGUUUUGUGUCACUUUGUACCACUACGAUUUGAUUGUUUGCUUUACACUCUAUUUAUUUUCAUUGUAUUGGCUAUACUGUGAGGGCAGGAGAGGCAAGGAAUCUGUCAAAAAAGAGUAGUAUUGUCUACAUAAAGAACUUAACAUUUAAUAUCAGCCUGUCCCAAAGGACAGCAAUGUCCACUCAGAACCAACUCAAGAUCUUUCUCCUUCCCUUGAAACAUUGCUUAAAAGGAAUGUACACGAAGUUUGCUCCUUUAUGUAAGUAAUUAUUCUGCAUAGGACCAUUAAGUUUGGAUCAUUAAAUUCCUAUAUGAAAAUGAGUUCAUUUUAACAUCAAGUUAAAAUUAAAUACAGCUGCUGCUCCUUAUCUGGUUAUGAAGAUGUGAAACUUGAGUCUCUUCAGAAUCUCUUAAGAUUUUAUCGCACUCAUUUGUUUUGUAGGAAAGCUUUAUUUUCUUUCUGAGAGGUUUUUUUUUAAGGUUUCAUAUAGCAAGUAAGUAAAGAGGGAAUGGCAUUAUGACUAACACAGUAACAGGGCAUGUCCACUUAGGAGUUUCCUAUACUUUAUAUUAUGCACAUAAACACUAAAAUGGAAGGAUGAGAAGUAGUUCCCCACCCCACCCCACCCCACCCCUCCAAGUAAUGGUACUAUGUGUUCUGGAAGUUUGGCGUACCAUUUUUCUGUGUGGACUAUGCCAUCCCAUGAUUUUCCUAUUCUGCUGGGAGAACAAAGGGGAACUCUAACCAAAGUUGCCAUUUUGUUCUCAGGGAUUGAUGCACUGAAUUGGAGCCCUCCUCCUCCAAAUCAUGCCAUGUGGGCAUGCCCUUAAUAUAUUAAUAUUGACCAUAGGCACAAUCCACUGGAUGUUGUUCUGCACAUGCACAGCUAAAAUUAAGGGGAGCUGUGCAAGAGCACAAGGAUUAUGCCCCAUCCAUUUAAUGAUGUUCUGCUAUAAUUAACCUGCAUAUUUUGGUAGAAAAACUCAGUUUAUGGGUUAAACAGAACCUUCUUCAGACAUUGCAAAUAAGAAUUAAGCAAACAUAUGAAGAGGGUCGUGGGGUCAACUAUGCUAGCUCCACCCCGUCACCAUUUUCCACGUCCUCCAACUUAAGAAGGGCAAUCUUCUGAAGUGGGGUGCCUUCUGUCCUCUUGGAGGCUCACACUUAUUUUAGUAUUCUAAAAUGCAUGGGUAGUAGUCUCCAUCCUUGAGUGCAGGAGACCCCCCACUUCAGAAGAUUGCCUUCCACAUAUUGGAGAGUUGGAGGAAUAGUGAUGACGGGGACAGAGCUAACAUGUUCAUUCCUACUGCCCGCUCACACAUUUAUUUAACACUUCUUGGUGACACCUGAAGAAGACUUAGGUGGUAGAGGUUUUUUCAAUGUAAUGAGUUAUAUGAGUAACGUUAAUGUCUGCACUGUUACAGCUCUAGACUACAGAGCUAUUUUGACUUUUAAAAAAUGCUAUGCAGAAAAAGCAGGAUCUCGCGCACACCACACAGCUGAUAUGGACUGAUUUAGACUGAAGGAUACAAACUGAAACCUGGCUGUAUUCAAAUAUUGUUUAUACAUAUAUAUAUAUAUAUAUUGUAAAUGAAGACUGUGUAUCACAAGGGAAGAAUUUCACUUGAUUUUAGCAUUCUUCCAGUUGGACUUUCUGAAUGAUGUUGUUUAGAUCAUGUUGCUUAAGAAAGGCAAUCUCAACAAGCAUUGAUAAUAGUAAUAAACACAUGUUGAAA